UCCGGCGGCAGAGUGAAGCCCAGGUCCGUCACUAACUCAGUAGAUUCGCCUGUCACCUCGCCCAGCGAGCGGAUCCUCAGAGAAUGUCACGCCUUCUACACCGACCCGGAGAACGGUAAAUAUUAUAUGACAUAUCAAAUUGGAUUGAUAUUCAUUCCCACGGCUAAUCCAAGAAGGAGGACCGGAGUGCAAAUGCAGUUAAUGACGUCCAGGAAAGACAUACACCACUGUGAUGCGAAGUUUGUGUACCAUGUAACCCGAAAACGGUCAGUCCUCUGAAGUAUCGCGUAAAACAACGCAAGCCAUAGUAUAAAUACUGACAAAACACAAUGGCUGGAUAACUGGUGUAACCUGCGGGUGACAGGUGCAAUGCAAUACACUGUGUCCCAGCCCGAGCUUCCAGAACUUUCGGUUCAGCCUCAUAGCAGUUUUAAAGUAUCUGCUUCAUUCAGAGCCAGUACCCAGUUUAGAGAGAGGAUGUUGUAACUGUACCUUUCUGACAACAAACGGAUGUAAUACAUUUUAACACGAAUCUACAAGUUAAAAAACAGCAGUAGCAAACAUCGGUAUUUGUAACAUUGCAUUAAUUCCGAAUAUAGAUAUUCAGUGUUGUACGUGCAGCAUAUUGCUACAGUAUCCCGUAGUCUGUUAUCUCUGUUACACUGUACGUAGGUGCUGUGAUGUAUCCGCUGUAUUAUUAACCAGUUAUGCAUGCCAUUAUAAUUGCAAUGUAUUUCAACACUAACAGCAUGCAAAAAAUUAACAUGAUUAAUUUUGAACAUUGUGAACCGGUAUGUAUGUUAACUGCAAUGCAAUUAAUUGGUAUUCAUAGAAUUGUCCAAAAAGUACUAUUGUGGUGCCAUAUGCCUUUGGGCUGCCAUUGCCCCUUAGUACAGCACCACUGCAUUUCCACUGUAGCAGCACCGCAUUGCCUCCUGUGAUGUCUAAUGCCUGUCCUAUUAAAUGACAUGAACCUGUGUAAAUGAUGGGGCGCGCUUGCUUGGGUGAGAGCUGUGACACAGAAUCACUCUGCCCUCGCUGUUACUACAACCCCAGGGUUAAGGCUUUGUUUUAGUGAUACACACAAGGUAUCUUACUGCAUCAGUACGUACAUCGAGAUGAGCAGUGAAUUAUGUUGUGUUGAAAAUGAUAAGCUCCACUCAUGUACAGUGUUACCAUGAAAUAGAUAUAUUUUAGGCAAGUGUAAAAAUGAAUCCCAUGUGCAGGUACUGUCGAUUUAUUAACCCGUUGGGCUGUUUUCGUUGUUUGCAGACCUUCAGGGAUUUUCUUGCUGUCAGAGGGCUGAUAAAGAUAGCAAGCAGCCUUGGUCUUCGGUUAGUCCCUCCACGCAAGAAGGUCAUCGUGAUGAUAAUGGGAAACCAUUCAGUAGGGAAGAGCUCCUUCAUCAACUGGUAUGUGGAGGAGCACAUUCAGAAGACAGGGGUUGCGAUCGAGACUCAGGGAUUCACGUUUAUCACAAGCGGACGCAAAAGAGAAUCACUCACAGGCAAUGCAACCCUCCACCUGUACCCACAUUUCCGAACACUUCAGGAGUUUGAAGGUGUAUCAGACUACCUCUCUACUGAGAUCUCCACCUCCAGACAGAAGAAGUUCAGCCUGGUGACGUUCAUAGAUACCCCAGGGCUGGUGGACGGUGAUAUGAAGUACCCCUUCGAUGUGAACAGCGCCUUAGCUUGGCUUGGUGAGCAAGCUGACCUCAUCUUGGUUUUCUUUGACCCCAUGGGUCAGGCUCUAUGUAAGCGCACUCUGGACAUUGUGGAGCGGCUCAGUGAGACGUGUGGAGACAGACUCCUCUUCUACCUCAGCAAGGCUGACGAGGCGGGCCGGGAGACUGACAGACAGAGAGUAAUGAUGCAGAUAGUUCAAGAGCUUUGUCGAAGACCCGGCCUGAACAAAUGUGGUUUUGAGAUGCCUACGAUCUACAUACCCAACCCACAGAAGCCCAGCCGGUGUGUGAACCAGAUUGAUGGGGUUUGCAAGACGAUCGAGAAGACCAUUAGCCAGGCUGUGCAGAAAACACUCAACCAGCUGGAGAAGGACUGCGACCUGAUCUGCAGAACCAUCAGCGAUCAGAUUACACUUGACAGGGAGUAUGUGGGCUGCAGUAAAAGCUCUUACUUGCAAUUCCUCCUGUUUGGCACUCUGGGGAUCCUGCUGCCUGUGCUGCUCGUGAUUAGUCUCCUGCUGAACAGUUUCUCCAGGGACGAGGUAGAGGGAGCUGUGGGAAAGAGCCUGGCAAGCCUUCUGCACUCGAGCACUUAAGACUUACCAGACCCUUACAAAGAGGGAAAAGCGAUGCCUAGCACAAUACCAAGAUUAUAUUCAGGAUGCCGUGAAACACAAGAAGAAGCUGCUGUACGAAGAGUAUCUGCAUCAGUGUGCAGCAGAGUACGAUCUGGGCUAGAAAAAUAAACGUCACACCCAAAGCCAUGGGAAUUCUCCUUUGAGAUAUGUAACGUCUGUAAACCAGCAAUAGCCCCAUACUGUACAAGCAGUAACUCAUGUGCAGUUGGGGUUCUACUUCUAUUAAGGGGGUCAGUGCAGUGGCUGUCUAAUUUAAGGUAAUGAGCCGUAUGGACAUUGAUUUUAAAAUGCUGCCAACAACUCAUCUGAGCAUUAAGACUGCAGGUUCAGACAAGUGUAGUGAAUUAUUUUAAAGAAUGCUUUUCUAUGAAUAAAUUCAGUUUGAUAUUUGUUAAAGACAGCUGUCAGCUUCACGAAUAUCUUUCUUUUAUUGACAAGCUGCGAAAAAAUUUUUUUUUAAUAACACUGAAGUUAAAGCUUACAAGCUUCACAGCAAUAACAUAACUGACUUUGAUAGGUGCUACUUAAGUGAAUUGUGUUAUUUUUCAAAGAGUAAAGCCAUUAUUGGUUUUAAACCACUUAUAAAUUAAUAAUGUGAGUUUUUUUUUUCAUAAAGGGACCAACAGGGAUCUGAACAUGAAAAAUCAUCUUAGGCUUUUGUUUGCCAUUCACCUGUGUCUCGUCUUAUAAAUGUUUACCAUAGUAAAGCAUAGUAAAGCAUAGUGAAAGCAUAGGUAAGCAUUGUAAAGACCAGCGAGGUGCAGUAAAGCGUAGUAAGAAACAUGGCAAACCAGGGUAAAGGUAAAUGCCAGUGUAACCAUGGGAAAAGUAAGGUAAAAAUACCGUAGGAUUCACCGGGCUGCUUUUAUUGCAGUUUGGAUUUUUCACAGCAGCAGCCAUCCUUAGUCUUACCAUUGUGUGGUAUAGAAGGCCCUUCUGCAUGGAAAUGAAACAUGCAGAUAUAAGAUCCGAUUUUUUAAUGAUGUGUUUAGAUUGACUUUGGGAGAGCGCAAAGUUCAACUCUCUGAAAGAUAAACCAGCUAUAAGCAAACACAUAUGUAAAACCAGAUGAUGGGUUACAUUAUUUUAAAUUAUUUUUGUACGUAUACCUUUCAGUUUUUUUCUGUGUUUACUGUCUGUGCCAGUAAAAUACCUUAUGUGUAUAUAUAUAUAAUAUUUUUUUUAUAUGACAUUUUGUUCCUGUUGCUUAAUGAAACUAAAUAAGCUAUGAUGUGAUAAUGAUAUGUACACAGUGGCACAUGUCAUUCUUGGAAUAUUUUGACCAGUACAUAUUUUUAUAUAUUUGAAUCCAAAUGCAUUUAAACUCUUAUUUAUGAAAUGUUUUUUUUUUAAUUGAAUAUUUUCCCUUAGUGUCCGAUACUUGUCUGUAUUACAAAACAUUCCUGCCUUUGCAAAGUAAGCAUCAGAGUGGCUGUUUUAAUGGUAGAUGUCUCUAACGCGUGUCAGUGUGUGAUUUUAUAUUAUCUCAGCAAUGUGACUUUACUAAUAAACCUUUUUGUUUAA